UUCAAACGCGUGUGCAAGCUUUGGCCGAGCCGAGGGGGAAAAGGACGAUGUACGCUUUGGAUUAGAGAUUGUGCCGAGCGAGGGGUUAUUUUUGGAUCAAGGCAAGAUGACGCUAAACAGAAGAGUCCUAAAGCGGGUGCACUCCCCCAUGAAGUCACCCAAGCGCAACAACACCUCCUUGCGCAAAAAGGCCCUCAUUAAACAGUGGAAUAGUGAAGUGCAGUUUGGAAAUGCCUCCAAAGCCAAUCUGAAGGUGGUGGUUCGUGUGCGGCCACAGAAUGCAAAGGAGGUGGACUGUAAUGCAAGAUGUAUUGUGAAACUAGUAGAUGACCAUAUGAUGGUCUUCGACCCAAAAGAGGAGGAGGAUGAGUUUUUCUUUCGGGGAGUGCGGCAGAGGACCAGAGAUUUAAACAAGAGACAGCAUAAGGAGCAGAAAUUUGUCUUUGAACGGGUCUUUGGGGAGGAUUCUACCAAUGAGCAAAUUUAUGAGGAAACCACUAAAGAUCUUGUUGAUACUCUCCUAAAUGGGUAUAAUUGUUCAGUGUUCGCUUAUGGCGCAACUGGGGCUGGGAAAACCUUCACAAUGCUCGGAAAGCCAGAUUGCCCGGGCAUCACCUUCCUUACCUUGAUGGAGUUGUACCGCCGCAUAGAAGAAAUCAAGGAAGAGAAGACUUGCGAAGUUGGAAUAUCGUACCUGGAGGUCUAUAAUGAGACUGUGAGGGACCUCCUGAAUCCUGGGAAAGCCCUCAACGUGCAGGAAACCGGUCAGCACAUCCAGGUCCAGGGGCUCUCUUUCCACAAGCCCAAAGAUGCCGAUAACCUCAUGCAGAUGCUGGCUUGCGGGAAUCAAAACCGGUCCCAACACCCAACUGACGCUAAUGCCGAAUCGUCCAGGUCGCAUGCAGUCUUUCAGAUAUUUGUGCGCCAACAAGACCGUACAGCAAAUGUAAAGUCAAAUGUGGCCAUUGCAAAAUUAUCAAUGAUUGACUUGGCUGGUUCUGAACGUGGUUCUGCCACUGGAUUUAGAGGAGCAAGAUUCAGGGAAGGUGCUAACAUCAAUAAGUCCUUGCUGGCACUAGGAAACUGUAUCAAUGCUCUCGCUGAUGGACAGAAACACAUUCCUUAUCGAGACAGCAAACUGACUCGUCUCCUGAAGGACUCUAUUGGUGGAAAUUGUCGCAGUGUCAUGAUUGCUGCUAUAUCUCCAGCUUCCACAACUUUUGAAGACACUUUCAACACUCUUCGAUAUGCUAACAGAGCCAAAACUAUUAAAACUACUCUUAAGAAGAACAUCAUGAACGUUGAUCAGCAUGUUUCGCAGUAUGUCCAGAUAGUGGAUGAUUUACGGAAAGAAAUAUGUAGCCUGAAGGAAAAGAUAUUUGUGCGCCAACAAGACCGUACAGCAAAUGUAAAGUCAAAUGUGGCCAUUGCAAAAUUAUCAAUGAUUGACUUGGCUGGUUCUGAACGUGGUUCUGCCACUGGAUUUAGAGGAGCAAGAUUCAGGGAAGGUGCUAACAUCAAUAAGUCCUUGCUGGCACUAGGAAACUGUAUCAAUGCUCUCGCUGAUGGACAGAAACACAUUCCUUAUCGAGACAGCAAACUAACUCGUCUCCUGAAGGACUCUAUUGGUGGAAAUUGUCGCAGUGUCAUGAUUGCUGCUAUAUCUCCAGCUUCCACCACUUUUGAAGACACUUUCAACACUCUUCGAUAUGCUAACAGAGCCAAAACUAUUAAAACUACUCUUAAGAAGAACAUCAUGAACGUUGAUCAGCAUGUUUCGCAGUAUGUCCAGAUAGUGGAUGAUUUACGGAAAGAAAUAUGUAGUCUGAAGGAAAAGGUGCAAAAAUAUGAAGAGAAGGAGAAAGAAUGGACCUCCCUGAAGGAGAUUUCAGAAUCUAAAAAUCAGGAUUCAAGUCUUUUGCUCGAGCAACAAAAAGAAUAUGAAUGCCGGAUAGCUAGUAUGGAAAAGGAAAUUCUGGAGCUAAAAGCUAAUAGUGGUGUGGUAUCAGAGGUAUCGGAGGAAGAGGCUGAAGUCCAGAGAAAGCUCGUGGAAGCCAGCAGUGAGAGGAAAGCACUCAGACGAGAGCUGUUGCAGUUAGAAAGUUCACAAAGGGAGGUAGAGCUCAAAAUCCAUACCUGUACAAUGCGUCUAAACAGGAUGAAAAUCAUUGCCUUCGCAUCACAACGGCUGGACAAGAGUAUCUCAAAGUGUGAGCGCACUAUUCGUAACCUUGGCAUCAGGCUUAGCCAGACAGAGAGACUACAGAAAAGUGUUGAAGCUAAGUUGAAUGCCAACUUGGAAAAACUUCAUGCUGCACAGAGAGCUUUGAAUCAGUGGGGACCAGGAUCAACCCAACCAUCUCAUGCUUCACAGGCACUUAUUGACAAGAAUGAAACUGGUCUGGCUUACCGUGACCUUCACCAGCUGGCAGACUACUUGAGAGGAAUGGUGAAAGAAAGUUUCAAUGAACAGAGAGCCAGUGAACAGCUGAUUUGCCAGCUACUGAACACCACUAAACAGUUCUAUGUACAGCUACGUGCCAGUAACCAGUGUACACCAGAGAUGGAAAAAUACUUUGAGAGUAUCGUAGAGAAAAUGGAUGAAAGCAAGAUCAUAUGGGCCGAUCAACACCAGGAAAAUAAAGAGGAUGCACCCAGUGUUCCAGAGGAGUCAGUAUUAGAUGUGAAUCGCCUCACCAUCUUGCCAAUUACAAGCAGUGUGUUCAUUUCACCAGCUACUAUGGUUGAUCAGAAGAUGUUUAGGAGGUCGAUUAUGAAAUCCAGUAAGAGUACAUCAGCUUUACCAUCAGCAACUCUAAACCUGGGUGAGCCAUCUGGGCUUAACUUGUCGAGUGUGGCUGAAAACUUUAUCCAUGACUCUCCCACCACUCCUAGAAUACUGAACUUCCAAAGCACCAUCCCCGAUUCUCCUGUGCUCUCUGGCUUUAGUCUUCCAAACGAAGAUGGCAAAGUGAAAUCUGAAGAACAACAGGCAGAGGUCUGUACCCCAGUACCUCCUUCAUCUACUGCACAACAAAAACCUGAAAAGAGUGAAUCUGUCGAACCAAAAAGCCAAACUAAAGACUUUGGAUUUGUUAGCAUGACUGAAGGAUGUGGAAUUAAUACAUUAAAUGUCAUGAGAAACUUGUCCACAAACCUUGAUAAAACAGAAUUGUUAGAGGACAUUCAGCCUAUUGACUGCUCAAUUAAUGCUACAUUCGCUAUAACACCAGCAAAGAGUCUCAAUACAACAGUUGAUAUACCUACGUGUCUUCCAAGCUUAAAUGCUACGAUGGAUAUGCCAGGAAGCCUUCCAACCUUAAACACCACAGUUGAUGUGUCUGCAAAUAUUGCAGGCUUGAAUACUACAGUUGAUUUGCCUACUAAGAGUGUCACUGUGGAAAGAUCUACACUGGGAAAACUAAAUACAGCUGCUAACAUGUCUACUAUACAGUCUGUUUUAAAUACUACUGUUGAAGUUUCAAAGCCUUCACUCAUGACUACCUCUGUUGGAUCAGGUUCUAACCCUUCCUUAAAAAGGAAUACAAGCAAGCCUAAUCUGCAUUCCACCAUGAGCUUCUCUCAGCCUUCACUUUUGAAUGCAACAGUUGAUAUGUCCUCCAAGCCAUCAAUUUUGAAUACAACAGUUGAUAUGUCCUCCAAGCCAUCAAUUUUGAAUACAACAGUUGAUAUGUCCUCCAAGCCAUCACUUUCAAACACUACAGUUAAUCUUACUUCAAAUCCAGCCUUAAAUACUACUAUGGAUAUAGUGUCAAAGCAUUCAAGUGGAAGUAAUGCUGGUGAAGCUUCUAAUUCUCGUGUUACAAAUACUGAGAGUACCAUAAAACCUGUGAUAUCCCUUAAAUUGGAUGUGCCAACUAUUCAGUCUAGUAUGUAUAAUCAAAAUGCAGUAGAUAAAGUGAAACCAUUUGGGGAAACUUAUGCAAAGUUACCAAAUACGAAUAUCCCAAAUGAUGCCCUUUUGCCUCCGGAACCAGUGACUUUGAAGACAGCCUCAAGACAGUUAUUUAGCUCUGGUUUGGACUCAACAUUUUGCGUAGAAGAUGACCAAGUAAAAGCCAAGGACACAACUGAUACAGGCUUAGGGUGCAGGGUUGAAAAUUUAAAAUCUCCGGAGCUAAGUAGUACCCAGUUAAGAAGGAUGACAUUUGAGGUACAGCAGCAUGGCCCUCUCAUCAAGCCUGUGGAAGUUCAGCCAGCCAGUGACUCUCUCAUGCCCCCACCUACAAAGACUGUCAAGGGGAUCUUAAAGAAGACACCGCAGAAAACGCCCACACGUGGAACCACACCAGGAAAAGGGACACUUGUAGGCAGGAGCUUCGGUAAAACCACUACUCCUGGGAAAAAUAUCACGCCUGGCAAGAGUCAAAUCUCAGGGAUGAAAAAGAGCCUGAGCACUUCUGCCCUCGGUCCUUACCAGUCCAAUUCUCUAAGAACCAGCGGCCAGUCAGUGGCUAACAAUAAGCAGAAGUUAGCAGGUCUUGGAGCAGCUCUACGGCGUACUUCAAGCUUCCUAAAGGCAAGAGGACAAAUGAGUAACCAGGAGAAUGUUCCACCAAGUCAGAGGGGGGCAUAUAGAGACACCUUGUCCUCUUCAGCAAAACAGUCAUCACACUUUCAGUAUAAGCCAUAGGGAUGGCAGUCAUCUUGCCUUGAUAAAAAUUUAGCUUGGGGUGAGAACCCUGAUAAUAGUAAAACACAAGUGAUGAAGACAGAAGAUGUGCUCAUAGAUUUUGCCAACAAACCAGGUUUCGGGUCAAAAGUUGGUUUUCUGCAAGAGAAAUUACAAGUGUUUUCCUAUAGUAACAGUGUAUCUCAUAGUGUCAAAGAUUCUUCUGAAAAAGUGGAAAAAAGCAGUAGUAUACAGCCUUGGAGUAUGCACACCAUGCCAUGGACACUUGGUGUGAAUAAAAGAAAAUUAUAUCCAGUGUUUGCUUACUUGCCAAAGUCUUUCUGAUCUCUUAAAUUUUUUGUAUGCUUGCGUGCACAAGGAUUUGACUGUCAUCUGUUUCCCACCGUUCUAGUGAGAGGGAAGUAAUGUAAUAAUAUAAAGUAAUGGAGAUGUUAUUAUAUUUCUUUUUCUUUUUCUAUAUGAUACUGUAAAUCAUUAAUGUAUGUUUUUUAUGUAAAUAGGAUAUCAGUUUAUAGAAAAGAUUAUUGAAAUCUUACUAGUUUUAUAUUGUUUUUUGUAUAAAUUUGACUGUAAAGAAUUAUCAUCAUAACCAUUUUAAUAGCAAAUGAAAAUGUGAGUACCUGUAGUGGCUUGGUCCAUAGGUACCACUUUCACUCAUUUUAUUUCCCUACAUUCGCUUGGAAGUGAACAAAAACUGUAAAUUUAUAUAUUUAUAAGGAAAUAUUAAUUACUCUUUCCCUCUUCUUUCUUUCCACAGAUGUAUUAUCUGUUAAAUAUAUAUGUUACAAAGUGCUAUCUCAAUAAAGAUAAUAAUUUUAA